UAUAUAUUUUCUCUUCAGAAAUGAACCAAACUCUGUAUUUCAUUCUUCUUCUCAUUGCUCUCUGCUCCGUAUCUGAAUGUGUUCAGCGUCAGUAUCACUUUAUAAAUGAGAGGAAGACCUGGACUGAAGCUCAGAGAUACUGCAGAGAGAAAUACACAGAUCUGGCCACCGCUGACAACAUGAACGACACGAACGAGCUGAAGAAGAGUGUGAAUGAUGGAAGUGUUCAGUAUGUCUGGAUUGGGCUGCAGAGGACGCGUAGUGAUGAAUGGCAGUGGUCUUCAGGUGAACCUGUGCUCUAUCUGAACUGGGCUCCUGGACAACCAGAAGGCAGCUUUUGUGGUAUGAUGAAAAAUGGAAAAUUUGAGGAUUUGUCAUGUACUGAUGUCCGACCUUUCAUCUGCAACAACAGUGAGUGCAGCUACCGUUCAUUUAUAGAUGUACAUUUAAAGAUUACUUUUUAA